GCGGAAGUUCACGAACACUUCCGGAGAUUUACCUGCCGGAGUUGUCCCUCUUUCUUUAAUACCUUUGUUAGAUGAAGUUUUGGAUUUCUGUUUUUUUUUAUCUUUACAUGUUAACAGAACGCAGUUUAAGACAAAUGCCAGAAUGAGGUGGACAUUACCACUGGUUGCCCUGGUGUUCGUGUGUGUGUUUUAUGUCGGGGAGGCGUGUAACCAGCGCCUGUGCCCCAGUCUUGUCAGCAAAUGUCAGCUGCUGAAGGCGUGUGACUGUGACAUGACAGACAAGAAGAAUUGCUCAUGCUGCCAUAACUGCCAGCUCUGUCUGUCACAGCUCUACUCCGAGUGCUGCUCGUGUGUCGAGAUGUGCCCCACCCCUAAAGCAGAGGACACAAUUGGAAACACAAACACAAUUGAAGAGUUACCCGACCCCAUCCCCGAGCUCUUCAGUGUGCUUACAGAUGAGGAGGACUCCGAAAAACGCUGGACAAUCCAUUCCUACCCGGUGUAUUACGAGUCACUCUACACGAGAUUCGCCAACAACGAGAAAAACAAAGAUAAUGCACAUGCCCAUGAUGUACCCCUUUCCCAUAGCAUCAACUGCACGGUGGCGUUUAUGUCCAAGUGUAUGUCCGCCCACAAGUGCAAAAUGUCGUGUCAGUCUAUGGGAGCUGCCAAGUACCGCUGGACCCACCAUGAGGGCUGCUGUCAGUGUAUAGGCGACACAUGCAUUGACUACGGUUACAAUAAACCAUUAUGUCUGCAGUGUCGGGGAGAUGACAAUGACCAGAUGACCGAGACAGAACUCGAACAGGAGGAGGAUGACAUCGACAAUGUGAACAACGAAGCAGAACAACAAGAGAAGCACCAUGAUGAACAACAUGAAGCAAAACAUCAUGAGGAAAACCACAGAGCAGAUGAUGACAUGAAACACAGAGCAGAAAGUGAUACGCAGAGGCACAGAGUACACACAGAUUCUUCUGCUGUUGAUUUCAAUUAAUGUGUUUGAAACAGUCUCAAGUAUUAUUUAUUCAUUGAAAUAUUAAAUACGAGAAAACAUUAUAGAAACUGAAAUAUAAGAUCACAUUUUAAUAAAUUGAGAGAAGGAAUUACUAGUGUUAAAUAACAUCAUGUUGUUUGAAGUUUGUCUGUUAGGACAAGGCUGGUGCAGAAACUAAAAUGAUAACAGAAGUAUUGGUUGUUUAUAUCACUGAAUUUUUGAAAUGUCACAUUUAAAAAAAAAAAACAAGGAUAGACUAGUGUAAAAAGCACUGGUCACUUUGUGUGACGCUGAUGUUGAACUGUGCGUUCUGUGGGAUGAUAUUGUUCAUUGACUUCAUUUGUUUGCUAGUUUUGUUUUGGGAAUAGUUGGUUUAUAUCUGUUGAAACGCAUUUCCAUCAUUCUCAUUGCCUGCAUUUGAUGAUCUCAUUUGUUGAACCGACUGAUCAAAAAUUAUUGACAUUGUUAUCAUUUUUCCGAGUGUAAAUAUAUCUUCUUCCAUGUAGUAACUUUGAAUAUUAAAUCCCUUCUAGAUGUAAUUGCGUCCUUGGACAUCUGGGGCAAUAUUCAUAAAGCAUUUUAGUGAAACAUUUCUUAUUUUUGACAUUUACAUUUGAAGUCCUUUCUAUCUUACAUAAGAUUUAUUCAUUUGAAUUCAAAGUUUAUUCCUUUUUGCUUGCAUAUUUUCAUAGGAAUGAAGGAAUAAGGCAAGUUUGUACAAAGUUGAAAAUUUAACCUAAGUUGUUUUAUGAAUAUGACCUUAGAGCAUCCGUGAUUGAUGAAGGCUUGGUUUUACAUGUAUUAGGAUCUGAUCAUUGCCCUGUUUAUGACUAAUUACCUUGGUUUUCAGCUGGUGUUCAUCUUGUCUGCAUGCCGAUGUCCUACUUCCUUUCGUAAUGGAUAUGAUUGUAUUGUAUAACUUGUGCAGGGAACUAUUUUGAGGGAUGAUUUAUAUGUGUUAAUGAUGAGUGCAAAUUAAUGAUUAAGCUUUGUAAUCCAUUAAUAUGAAUUAUAUAUCAAACAAUAGAAAACAUAAGACAUUAAUUGACAUCAUUAAGACAAAAUAUGUGAUUAAUUGUUUCUUCUGUAAGUGUUUAUGUAAUCGUGUGGCAGUUACAUCAGUUUUGUAUCGUUGGUCUUUACAAACAUCACUGUAACAACACACAUUGGUGACAAAGUCUAUGUUCAAACAGAUAUCAAUUAUGUUUAAUUUCUUUAAUUUUUUCUGUUCAAGAAAAUUAUGUUAUAAAUGUAUAAUGUACUUUUUUGUUUGAAUAUGCCAUUUAACUUGGAGUGUUUACUUUUAACUGACUUAAUUUUAUAUUUAUCAUUAUUAUGUCAUUUUAUGUACAAUUAUACAAUGUACAUAUAAAAAAAAAGCAUUUAAAUUUCCUGAGCUGCAUUUUAAAUAUUUAAUACUUUUUUACAUUGAUUUUUUUUAUUUGUUAAUGAUUAUUCUGACAAUUGUUAAAGAGAUCUGUUCUGAUUAAGGUGCUAACAUUCAACGAGUGCUCUUCUUUAUACAUGAUAUAUUGAAAAUGUGUAUUGUUCUAACCAUAUUCAAAAAUUAUUAUGGCAUUAAACUCAAAAUAUAUACAUAAUCAUCUUAACAACGAAGAUUUAGAGUGUGAAAUGAAUGUAUGAUGCAUUCAUUGAUAAGAUGGUGCCAAAGUUCUUAAAAAGUAUGUAAUUUUAAUAUAUACUUUUGUGUCUUAAUAGAGGUCUUGUUCUUAAGUUGUUAAUGUUUUCUUCAUUAGAAAGGUUUGACUUGAAAUCCAUAUUUGUUCAGAUUGUCUCGUGUGCUGAUUAUAAUCAAUUGCUCUUCCAUCUUUUUCAAAUACUAGUAAUUACUUUUAUAAUUAAAUUAUUUCUUCAUUUUCAACGCUAAGGCCAUGUAUUGAUCCAAAGUAUUACUGACUAAAUGUGUAGUAUUAUACGAAAUGUACAAGCUUUUGCAUCCCCCUAAUAUGACUUCCAAACAUAAUGUAAAAACAUAUUUUAUUACCAAAAAUCUAGUUAGGGCUAUUCCAUUUAAACAUAUAAUCCCCAGGUGGAAGGCACUUUUAAAAUAUACCAUCCCCUUACAGAAGCAAAUUUACCCUUUCAGGGUCCAAAUAAGCAAAAAAGGACACCCACCCAUAUCUUAUAUAUAUAUACUAUUUAAAUAAUUGCCUUCCCCCUGUGGGUUAUAUGUUUUACUGGAAUAGCCCUUAGUUAUAAUGAUCAUGUUAUUUUUGGAUUGUAGAAAGUUGCUGGUUUCGCCAUGUUAAGUUUGUUCUGGUUGUAAAUGUCAUGUUGAAUUAUCACUACACUGUUGGAGCUUUUAUACAUUUCUACAUUUGUAGCAAUAAAGUUAGAAUUAGAUGUA